AACCAAUGCAUCAGCUCUGAUCAACAGCAGCGGCUGCGGUUCCUAGUGAGAUCCCACGGGGUUUGGCAGAGAUGGUGCACACAGAGAUCGCUCACUCCCUGGGAGCUGAGUCCCGGCCACGUGCUCGGAACAGGGCCGAUGUCGCGACCAUGGAGGCCCAGGGCAGCUGAGGGGGGGCUGAAGAAUGGAGCCAAAGGUUGGGGAUGGGGCGUCUGUGAUGACACAGUGCAUCACAAUGCAGGGCUGGCAUCGAGGCCAGCAGCGGGCAGCGCUGCUCCACUUUGGCCUGGGCCAGCGGUGAGUGCAGCAGCAGGGGGAAGGCUGUGCUGGGCCGGGCGCAAACAGCGGCCUCAGCCCCCGCUGCCUCCCAGCUCCCUUUGCCCCGCUCCUACCUGACCCCAGGGGCUGCGGCUCCUGGCCCCGCUCCCCCAGCCGUGCGCGAGCUCCCACCCAGCCCCACUGACCUCCCCUCUCUCAUCUCUUCCAGAUCAUGGCUUUGGCGUUUUUCUUCGCCUUGUUGGCGCAGAGAUUGGCUUUUGUUGGUGAUGAGUUCGAUGCAGAAACACUUGAACGCAUGCGUCAGCGUGAGGUGUUUCUGCGAGAGCAGAUGACCAAGAUGCUGGAGGAGAUCGAGCAGAGCAGGAUGGAUGUGCAACCCUGGCACGUCAUUGCACAGCUGCCUUGGAAAACUUGGGCCUUGACUGCAGUGCUGCUUUUCCUGCUCUUGCUCUUGGUCCUGUGCAUAGAUAUGCAAGAGGAAACGGAGAUCCAAAACGUAACCAAGAAGCGGAGAAAACCUCACAUUGAGAUGUGGGAGCCGGUGUACCACGAAGGCUCCGAUGACGUUACCUUCGUCAGCAGGUUUUACUGUCCGUUCUCCAUUUGGCCGCUGAAGACCAGGAGACGCAUGUGCGCGUUGGUGGAGGAUCUGAUGUAUGAACUUGUGAGCAUCUGUCAGAUAAUUCCCCAGAGUUUCUUCAUGCCACGGCUGCAGCAAGCCGUUGGGGUGGGCGUUGGCUUAGAAAACAACAGCACCGAUGAGAACUCCGUCGUCUACCGCAUGCUCGUGCCCCUGAAGGCCCCCCCGGGACAUGUCUUCCACUUGGAGCACGGCCCCAGGGCGAGGACGGGGGUGAGGAAUUCCCGCCUCCGCGUGGAGCUCACCUGCACUUGCAUAAGGGAGCGGGUGGUGGGGGACAUGAUGUGCUUCCUCCACCAUCCUGAGGACCGGCUGAGGAAAGAGCAGAUGCCCAGCCUCCUAGAAACCCUCUGCCAAGACUCCUACCUGGAUAUCGAGGAAACUGCAGCCUGGUUCCAGGAACUGGUGACAGUAGCCUGGCUGGAUACACCUCAAUCGCUAACAGUGCAGGUCGAGAUGCUGCCCUCCAACCGAUUCUGCACGCUGACCACCGCCACCGGCAAAGUCAUCUGGAUUGAGCUCAUGCUCGGGAUACAGCUCGAGGACUCGGACACGUUCCUGAGCUUUGAGUAGGCAGGGGCUGUCGUUAGCAGCAGCAUGAGGAGGCCGCACAGGUGCACCGCCACAGAAACGCCCUUCUUCACAAAACAGCCAGGCAUGCCUGGCACAACAGAUUCCAUCACAAACAUCUACAGCACUGCGUCCCUGUUCAAGAAUACAUCUGGGACAGGAAUGGGGGUCUUCACCACCACAGAUGCUAAAACACCCAUAAAUAAACUAAGCACAGUAACAAGUGCUUUAUACACAUUACAACUGUCGUUGUGGUCUUCUCUAUCAGCAUUAGGAUGUAAGCAAUGUUUCUUGUCUGAUAUUCUGCCUCAGUGGGGAAGAAUAAAUGAAAGGGACCACCAGGUGGUUGUAGAUGGACUUCAAAUAGCCCAAGAUGCUGUUUCCAUAGGGCUCAGAAUCAUGGAAUUACAGAACCACAAGGGUGGAAAGGGCCUAUAAGAUCAUCUAGUCCAGCCAUCCUCCCAUCACCAUUGCUACCACAAGCUACCAAACCAUAUCUUGUAGCUCCUCACCCAGAUAGCACUUCAAAAUGACUAGGGACACUGGCUCUACCACCUCCCUGGGCAGCCAGUCCUGACCACUCUCAGAGCGAAAAAGUUUUUCCUGAUGUCUAAUCUAAAUCUCCCCUGGUACACCUCGUGGCCAUUUCCUUGGGUCCUGUUUGUU